AUGCCAAAACCAUACUCCAAACCCGGCGCCCCGUCACUAGCCUCCAAAAAGCGAAAACGCGACGACAAAAAGGACAAUCAAAUCGAUGAAAUCACAUUUGAUCGCAGUGCAAGAACAGAGUACCUUACAGGUUUUCAUAAACGAAAAGUUGCGCGUAUAAAAGCUGCUCAAGAGGAGGCGGAGAAAAGGAGUAGGCAGGAAAGAGUUGAAGAAAGGAAGAGGUUACGAGAAGCGAGGAAAGAGGAGUUAAGAUUACAUGUUGAGGCUGUAAACCAGAGUUUGGGGUUGAAUAGGAGUGACGGUGAAGAAGAAGAUGAGGAAGAAGGUAGUGGGACUGAUAACGAGGGUGAGGGCGGUACCGAGGCUGCGAGCGGUAUAAACGAAGAAUCGGAAUUCGUAGACGAAGAAAAGUUUACGACGGUUACAGUUACGACUAUGGACGACGAUGAAGAUGAGGACGAAGAAAAUGAAGAAGGGGAAGAGGGACCAGCUGGAGACGAAAAGAAUACCACAGAUACGAAUAAAUCGAAAGAGGGGGCAAAGGAUAAGAAAGGGAAGGAGAGGAAACCAAAGCAGAAGAAAAAGAAGUUUAGAUACCUGUCUAAAUCUGAGAGGAAGGAUGAUAGGAUGAGAGAUAAGGUUAGGAGGAGUCGGAAGAAGACGGAGAGAACGGCGAAGUAG